AUGAGGAAUCCGGUUGCGUGCGUCUCCUGUCGGUCGGCAAAGCAAAAGUGCAUCCACGAAGACCGGCCACCAUGCGACAGGUGCAAGCAGAGCGGGCGCGCUGAGCUUUGCGAGUUUCCAGCGCCAGGGACGAGUGCAAUCCAUCGCAAGCCCAAGCGACCACGGCUCUCGGAAGAUGUAGGAGAGACGCCGCCCUCGAAUCCUGCGAGUGCAACCAGCAUAGCGCCCCAUCCAAGCCGCAAUGACGCACAUCUGCCGAACGGCACCAAUGCCGCUGCACAUGCGUCGCCGAGUGCGGCAUCAGCGCUGCUCGACGGCCUGGAUCCGUUUGAAUUGCUCACGGACGAGGUGAAGAACAGUUACCUGCGAUGCUCGUACAAAUGGAGCUUCCACCACACGCCGACGUUGCUGCGGCGGAUCCGCGACCGAACGCUGGAGCCGUGGAUGGUGUGGGCGAUACUCGCACUUGCCAUUAGAUUCGUGCAAGAGCCGCCCGCGCCGUUUAGUACACAGACGGAGGCCAGCAAUGCCUACGCCGCCCAUGCCCGUCAGAUCCUGCAGCAGGACCUGGAGACUCCCUCCAUCAGCCGAGUGCAAGCGCUGUUGAUGCUGACGGGCCAUGACUGGGGCGCUGGAAACGGAAGGAGAGCGUGGAUCUACCUGGGCAUGGCCAUUCGUCUGGUCGAGGUCAUGGACCUGACGCGCGAGACGGGCAUACCGCGUAAUCGCGUGCCUACGCGUGAGGAGUUCAUCGAGGCCGAGGUGCGUCGCCGCACUGCCUGGACCUGCUUCCUGAUGGACUCGCUCCUCAGCGGCGGCAAGGGGCGAAAGAGGUCCCUGACUGCCGCAGACAUGUCCAUUCAGCUGCCCUGUGAGCGUGAGGACUUUGUCUUUGGGGAACCCAAAUGCACGCCCCAGCUGGACAACUCGCAGCGCAUGCCCCCCGUGGCACUGCCAGUGGGCGACAUUGGCAUCAUUGGCUACAGCAUGCGCGCGGCCAAUAUCUGGGGCAAGGUCGCGCGUUGGGCCUGCUCGGAAGACCUGAAGAGUGAGCUGCCGUGGGCGUCGACGUCACAGUUCCAGCACCUCAUCUACGAGCUCGAGGGCUGGAAGUCGUCGCUUCCCCAGCGGCUGCAGUACGACCUCUUCACCCUCCACAGCCACAAUGCCGUUGAGCAAGGCCAGGCCUACUGCUACAUGCACUGCAUACACUUUAUGAGCUACAUGUUCCUCCAUCGCGCCUACCUUCCCGUCCUGGGUCCACAGCAAAACGACUCGGGCCCAGAGGAGACGCCAAACUCAUACAAUGAGCACAGAGACAUGUGGAAGCGGUGGGAGAAGUCGUCCCGCAAGGCCCUGUUCAAGGACUCGGUCAUGGUGCUGGAAAUGCUCGAGGAGAUGCGCACAUUCGGCGUCUACUUCCUGCGAGGCUUGGUGCCGUGGAUCGGCUUCACCAUAUAUACCGCCGUCGGCGCCAUGCUCUACUCGUUCAACUUUCCCAGUAACGAGGACGACCCUCGGUGCCAGGAAAAGGCGCGCAAAAGCGUCAUCCAGGGCUGCAACUUCCUCAAAGAGAUGAAGACGCAGUGGCCCAUGGCCGAAACAUGGUUCGACACUAUCAGACGCAUGCAGGCAUACUACCGCUCCAUCCUAGGUCAGGACGGGCCGGCCUCACCCGAAGAGCGGCAAGCUUUGCGCCAUGCUAUGAUUGACUACGGCGCACUACAGCCGUCGCCAGUACAGAAGCCAGCGAACUCACACCAGACCAACGACACCAUCAUGGCCGGCAGGUCACCAUCACAACACCCCAACGACCGCAAACCGAUGAUUGCCAAUAUCACAAAUCCACAAAUCACCAGUCCUAUGCCCGUGUCAACGCCGACGCCGACGCCAAACGGCUACGCAAACGGUUUCCCGUGGAACACACCGCCGGCCGUUCCACCGUUGGAAGCCGAUGAAACGUUCAAUCUGGAUCCGUUUGACUUGACGAAUGAAGAGCUGGAAGCCAUGAUGGUGAAUGCCACACAAGACUUCUGGGCGAGUUUCCCGGGUGAGGUGGGUGUUGGAUACUAG